AUGUCGGCGUACCCCGGUGGUGUCAUCCUGACGAUACAGGACAGCCCUCUUCUCACCUGUCUCUGCAGUGACGGCCCUCUCCCCAGCCGAACCAUCCGUCUAUCCCUGCAGAGACUGCAGAGACGGCCCUCUCCCCAGCUGAACCAUCCGUCUAUCCCUGCAGAGACUGCAGAGACGGCCCUCUCCCCAGCUGAACCAUCUGUCCAUCCCUGCAGGGACGGCCGCCGUCUGCCCGCCGCCGCCGGCCGGCCGGCUCUGCAGCUGACUGGCGGCGACCCCUCCGUGGCCGGCAUGUACCAGUGUCACGUGACCGAUGACCUCGCCACCGCCCAGGUCAGGAUCGGAGCGUGGCCGGCCCGGCUGCUGUCGUCGCUGGUUCAGCAGACGGUGCAGCCGGGGGUGGACGCCACGGUCACCUUCACCUGUGCGGCCACCGGGUCUCCGCCGCCGGCCGUCACCUGGACAAAGGACGGCGUCAGCGCCGACCAGCUGGGCGGCAGGUGGGUCAGCUGGACUGGAGACUAAGCGGCAGGUGGGUCAGCUGGACUGGAGACU